GCUCAUUCAUUCAUAACUGCUUUUUCUGCCAGGUCGCUUUGCCAAGAGAUCUUGUUAUGGAUUCUGGUGAAGCUGGAAAGGAAGAAGACAAUUGCCAGCCUGAAAGGAUUCUCAGGGUUGGACAAAGCUGUGCCCUCCCUCCAUCCUCAGUGUCAGUUUAGAGCUGCCAUGCACGGUGGCGUUGUGGUUACCAUCCAAGAGACCAUUAGCGAUGAUGACGAUGAAGCCCUGUAUCAGAAGGUGUCUUCGGAGCAGAGCCAGAUUGAACAUCUUGGGGACUUGCUGUCCCACUGCCAGCAGUGUGGUUUGGCAGGAGACUUCUUCAUCUUUUGUUUGAAGGAGUUGUCUCAUCUGGUAGUGGAAAAUGAAGCAGCGUUCAAACCCACGCCCUCCUGUUAUACAAGCCUGCUGGAACUGGAGCAACACCAGGCUCUUCUUACAGAAGAGCAGGAGCGGAAGCUGCUGGUGCUGCAGUUGCUGGCUGUCCUGUGCGAGAGAAUGUCUGAGCAGAUAUUCACGCACGUAUCUCAGUUGAAGUCAAGUGAUUUUGCAGUCCUGAAGCAGCUGCUGCCUCUGUUGGAGAAGGUCUCUAAUACAUACCCCGACCCUGUCAUCCAAGAACUCGCUGUUGAUCUCCGAAUUACCAUCUCUACUCACGGAGCCUUUUCCACGGAGGCUGUCAGCAUGGCUGCCCAAAGUACUCUGAACAAAAAAGACCCGGAAAGGAAAAGAGAACAGCAACAUGACAUACUCGCAGAAGUAGCUCAGGACCACCCGGAACAAGAGCAGGACCCUCCCAAAACAGACCAGGAAUCUCAUGAGCCUGGCAUUGUGGCAAGUCAGCCACAUAGAAAUGUAACCUCAGAACAGUUCCAGGAGGUUCUCUUGUCAGCCUGUGAUCCCCAGAUUCCAACCCGGGCUGCUGCCCUGCGCACUCUUUCCUGCUGGGCAGAGCAGAGAGAAGCAAUAGCCCUCAAGGAUGAAAGGAAGCUUCUCCAGGUGAGUAGAACACACUGCCCUGACACGUGAUGACACGGUGCAGACAGCAGCCCAGGAACAGACAUUCAGUCCGGGGGGCUUUGUUUGUUGUUGUUUUGGGACAGGAUUUUACUGUGGAGCCCUGGUUGACCUUGAGCUCACAGAGAUGCACCAGUCUCUCUGCCUCCUGAGUGCUGGGAUUUAAGGUGCAUGUCACCAAGACCAGCCUAACUCAGGUAUCUCUUAAACACUGAUCAUGUGUCUAGCACCAUCCUGGAUUAUCCUCCAGGAAUUUGUAUUGUUGAGAGGUCAGAUUGAGGUAGGAAGGGUGUAGAAGACCACAUGGGAUUGUUCAAUGGAACGUGGAUAGAUGCCAGCAUUUUAUGUAUGAGCAGUGUGGUGGGUAGUCAGAGGAAAAUCUGGGAGAGGUUGAUUUUUAUAUGUCUUGAACAAACUGGCCAAGUGUGGGCAUGUAAAAGACAGGCAGUGGGCUAGCAUGAGCCAAUUCACAGAGAUGGGAGGAUACCCAUCCUAGGUAAGCCUCACCUUGAACUGGAUCUCUCUUUAGAGGGGCACUGGAUCUAACUGACUCUCCUCCACUCUUUUGCCUCCUUCACAGAAAAAAAAAAACUGUCUUGAUGUUCUAAACUAAUGUAGCAGAAUGCAUACUGCUUAGAUAGAACCUUUCCCUUUUAUGGAAGUCUUUGAGACUUGAAUGUGAGGUACAAUAAGAACAAGGGUCCUAGAAACUACUGCCUAGGACCCAAUCUCAAUUUCCUGGACAGCACCUUGAACCUUUCUGAGCCUUGUUAGUAAUGUCAGUGAUCUAGCUAUUUGUCUAGCCCUUGAACCGCAAAUUAUAAUUCUGAUGGAAAACAUCUACUUUAGUUAGUGUGAUCCUGGAAGUAUUGUAUGAUGUUGUCUGUUCUUUGUUGAACAAGUCAUGUGCCUUACUGACACUGUUUCUUAUUCUCACAACUUCGAUAUUGUGUUAUCCUCAUCUUACAGAUAAAAUGCAGACAUAUGCUAAGGAUUUUCUGUCAGGAAAAUGAUACUGAACUCAGAAAUCUUUGAGUAACUAUUAGCCCCCAAGGAUCCUAUGGAAUACUAGUUUAGAUAAUGCAUACUGGGGCUACCUAUGGAAUUUCCUUUACCUGCAUUUCAUCUCCAUCUGUUAUGUUCACUAAGUUUUGCCAAUUGUUUUUUGCGAAAAAGUUCAUAAAAUAUAUCUCUUAUUUGUGAUUUGUAUGUAUGUGUGUGUGUCUGUGUGUGGCAUGUAUGUGUAUGCAGGUAUGUGCAGGUGUGGGGGCCAGAUGUCAACUCUGGGUGUCCUCCUCUUCCACUCUACGUCUUACUUUUGAGAGUCUCUCGCUGGACCUGGAAGCUGCCUAACAAGCUUCUGUGAUGCUCUGUCUCCACCUAUCAGUGCUGCGCUUUGCAGGAGGGUGCUGAAGAGCUUUAGUCUUCACACUUGCUCCGCAGGCACUUUACCUACUGACUCAUCCCCAGCCCCUAGUCCUCUCCUGUUUUGUUUUUCUUUUUUCUUUUUUUGAGACAAAGCCUCAGGUAGUCCAGGCAAUUCUUGAACUUGGUACAUAGCCAAGGGUGAUCCUGAAGCCCAGAUCUUCUUGCCUCUCUCCAAAGGACUGGGAUUGCAAGAGUGUCCCAUCAUGCUAGACUUAAUUUUGAGUUUUUGAAACAGGGUCUCAUGUAGCCCAGACUGAC